UCACCCAUCAGUUCCUCCCCCCUUUGUCUCAUCCCAGUUCCUCCCCCCACCAAGAACCUAGGGUUAGGGUUAGGGAGGCGGCGGCUGCUUUAUUCCCGAUCCCGCCCGAUCGCCAUGGUCAUCGCAGGCGAGCCAGAGCCGGAGGAGGUGGCCGUCAUGUUCUCCGAUAGGUUGAGGGCGGAGGAGGAGACCGUCGUCUUCCCCGGUUGGGUGAUGCUGGAUCGCAUCGGCCGCACCCACUGCGACGGCGACCUAGGAGCUGCUCGUGAGGCUGUCAACGGGAACAAGACCGCCGUUCAAGUCGAGAUGGACAGCGGCCACUCCUUCUACGUGUCCUUCACCCUCGCGCCUCCUCCACAAGGGGCCUCUUACCUUGAUCUCCACUGGCCGCUGGAAGGCUCAGCCAAAUCCGUGCCCCCCUACAAGCAGCCUGCCUAUCCCUUCGUCCGGGCAAUCGACAAGGACCUCGUCCUCUUCCACAUCUCCAUCCCGAGCCUGCCUCACCGCAACUUCGUCCCGCCAGAUCUGUUCGUCUACAAUGCCGCUGGUCACCCCCCCUCGGUGCAGCAGCUCCCUCUGUACAGGAGAAGGUCAUUCCUCAGGGUUAACUUCACCACAGGCAUCCUGCGGCGCCAAAACGGCAGCUACAUCGUUUCCGACCUCAAUGUCUACCCAAAAAAGGAGGGCACUGGUAAUAAUUCCAUGUGCGCCGAACUCUGCGUCUUCAACUCCAAUACACGGGCGUGGAGCUUCUUCAGCAAGGAUGCUCCGCAGCCCCAGGACCAGAGCAAUGGCCAGUUCCCCACCCUCUGGUCAACCGACCAUGUGCUUGCUUUUGACGGCCGUUUCCUGUGCUGGGUUGACUACUUCAGCGGUGUCCUGCUAUCCGACUUCUCCAAUCUGCGCUCCCGGGUGCUCCACUUCGUCCCUUUCCCUGGAGAAGGAGAGUACCCUGCUAAGGUACGGGUUCAAAGGUGCUUCCCAGACAGAUUCCGAAGCGUGUCCAUCAGCAACGGCAAGAUGUGCUUCGUCCACAUUGACAAUGACUUCCAUGAGAGAAUCCACACUGGCUCGCAAGGGCAGCAGCCUCGCAAAAAAAUCACCAUUUGGACUUUGAACAUGAUGGAUGGUAACUCCAGGUUCAAGUGGGAGCCACAUCGUGUGAUCUACCUGGAUGGUCUUUUGCCAAAUCCUCACCGUCUUCCCGAGUUCCCUAUCAUCAGCGCAGAUGACCCGGAUGUUCUGUGCUGCCUCUUAAGGAAGGAGGAAUUUCAUGGUGAGGCCUCCAUGGUCAUGAUUGACAUGGAGCAUGCACGUCUGCGGUCGUCUACUCCAUAUAUCAAUCGACAGUCUGUGGAUGAGAAGGCUCACAAAAACGAGUUUCUUGAUAUGCCCCUACUUCCAACUGUCUUCUCCAAACACAUUGAAAGGCCAACAGGGAUGCCAUGGGACAACCACAAGCUUGCAACUCGUCCUUCAAAGAAGCUUAAGUCUGCAAUGUGAAGACCUGGAAUCUCGUGACUGGUGUUGAACACUUUGCGGAUGCUCAAAUCGUAGUUGAUGUUUGUCAAUGGUGCGGUGCAGGCACAACCAAGUCAGGCAAGAUAUGACAUUGAUGUGAUGAAGAUGACGCACUGAUGAGUAUCUAUUACAAUAAAUGAUACAUGUUCUUGAUCCUGUAAUUGCAUGUUUAAUUAAGAGCCUGUCUGUUUUAAGUUUGAGGUUGAACAUCUGUUCUUGCAGUCUCUUUGUAAGUUUGAGAUUGAACAUCUCAUUCUUUCAGUGUAGACAGAUCUGAAAUUGAACUACUAGUAUCUUUAAGGAAGCAUCGUUUUGGUCCGCGAGGCCAGCUACUCCCGAA